UCCUACCAUAACCUUAGGGAUUUGGCACUGGAGCGAGAUCGCCCUCUCAAUGAAAGGCAGAUGUCCCUUUAAGGUUUGCUUUGCAGCCCGUGGACUUUAGCCUAAACAAGGACCCGCGAAGUUGGCUUUAUUUGUCCAUGUCUCGGACAGAGCCUGGGAGGCUGCCAGUGAGAUUUCAGAGACCCGCGAAGGGGCGGGCGAUGUGGCAAUCCGUCUGGGAUGUGAAAAGCGUGGAGCGGACUUAGAGGCAUUUUACCAAAACACAGGAAAUCACUCUGCGCGCCUGGGGCUGCAGUAGCUGGGGCCACCUCCUGAGACCCGCCGCCACCGCCAGAGUGGCCCAGAGCUCCGGAUCCUACCAGCUUCUGCCAGCCAGCUCCUGCCAGCCAGCUCCUGCCCGCAGAACCAGCACUUCCCGGGCGCUGCAGCGGCUCCAGCCAUGGUCCCCAGGCGCUGUGCCAGCCCAGGGGUUGCUGUCGCCUGCUGCUGGUUCCUCACCGUUGUUCUAGGCAUCUGCGAAUCCUUCAAUGUUAAUGUGAAAAAUUCCAUGAAUUUCAGUGGCCCAGUGGAGGACAUGUUUGGAUACACUGUUCAACAAUACGAAAAUGAAGAAGGAAAAUGGGUGCUUAUUGGUUCUCCUUUAGUUGGUCAACCCAAAGCCAGAACUGGAGAUGUCUAUAAGUGCCCAGUUAGGAGAGAGGGAUCAAUGUCUUGCAUCAAGUUGGAUCUACCAGUUAAUACAUCGAUUCCCAAUGUCACCGAAAUAAAAGAGAACAUGACAUUUGGAUCAACUUUAGUUACCAACCCAAAUGGAGGAUUUCUGGCAUGUGGGCCCUUGUAUGCCUAUAGAUGUGGACAUUUGCAUUACACAACUGGAAUCUGUUCUGACGUCAGCCCUACAUUUCAAGUCGUGAACUCCUUUGCCCCUGUACAAGAAUGCAGCACUCAGCUGGACAUAGUAAUAGUUCUGGACGGUUCCAAUAGUAUUUACCCUUGGGAAAGUGUCACUGCUUUUUUAAAUGACCUCCUUAAAAGGAUGGAUAUUGGCCCUAAACAGACACAGGUUGGAAUUGUACAGUAUGGAGAAAAUGUAACCCAUGAGUUCAACCUCAAUAAAUAUUCAUCGACUGAAGAGGUACUUGUUGCAGCAAAUAAAAUAGGCCGGAGAGGUGGCCUCCAGACGAUGACAGCCCUUGGAAUAGACACAGCAAGGAAAGAAGCAUUCACUGAAGCCCGGGGUGCCCGGAGGGGAGUUAAGAAAGUCAUGGUUAUUGUGACUGAUGGAGAAUCACAUGACAACUAUCGACUGAAACAGGUCAUCCAAGACUGUGAAGAUGAAAACAUUCAGCGAUUUUCCAUAGCUAUUCUUGGCCACUAUAACCGAGGAAAUCUGAGCACUGAAAAAUUCGUGGAGGAAAUAAAAUCAAUUGCAAGUAAACCCACUGAAAAGCACUUCUUCAAUGUCUCAGAUGAAUUGGCCCUGGUCACUAUUGUUAAAGCUCUGGGAGAAAGAAUAUUUGCCUUGGAAGCUACAGCUGACCAAUCUGCCGCUUCAUUUGAAAUGGAAAUGUCUCAGACGGGCUUCAGUGCUCAUUAUUCACAGGACUGGGUCAUGCUUGGAGCAGUGGGGGCCUAUGACUGGAAUGGAACAGUCGUCAUGCAAAAAGCUAACCAAAUAGUCAUCCCUCAAAACACAACCUUUCAAGCCAAGUCUGCCAAAAUGAACGAACCACUUGCUUCUUAUUUAGGCUACACAGUAAACUCUGCUACUGUCCCUGGAGAUGUGCUCUAUGUUGCUGGACAGCCUCGGUACAAUCACACAGGCCAAGUCAUCAUCUAUAGGAUGGAAGAUGGGAAUAUCAAGAUUCUCCAGACACUCGGUGGAGAGCAGAUUGGCUCCUACUUCGGUAGUGUCUUAACAACAAUUGACAUCGAUAAAGAUUCUAACACUGACCUGCUUCUCGUUGGAGCCCCCAUGUACAUGGGAACAGAGAAAGAGGAACAGGGAAAAGUGUAUGUGUACGCUAUGAAUCAGACAAGGUUUGAAUAUCAAAUGAGCCUGGAACCAAUUAAGCAGACCUGCUGCUCGUCUCUGAAGGGCAAAUCAUGCACAAAAGAAAACAAGAACGAGCCGUGUGGGGCUCGUUUUGGGACAGCAAUCGCUGCUGUAAAAGACCUCAAUGUUGAUGGAUUUAAUGACAUCGUGAUCGGAGCCCCACUGGAAGAUGACCACGCCGGUGCGGUGUACAUCUAUCACGGCAGCGGCAAGACCAUCAAGAAAGACUACGCACAACGAAUUCCAUCAGGUGGAGAUGGCAAGAAACUGAAAUUUUUUGGCCAGUCUAUCCAUGGAGAAAUGGAUUUAAAUGAUGAUGGUCUGACUGAUGUGACUAUUGGGGGCCUUGGCGGUGCUGCCCUUUUCUGGGCCAGAGAUGUGGCUGUAGUUAAAGUGACCAUGAAUUUUGAACCCAAUAAAGUGAAUAUUCAAAAGAAAAACUGCCGUGUGGAUGGGAAAGAAACUGUGUGCAUAAAUGCUACCAUAUGUUUUUAUGCAAAAUUAAAGUCUAAAGAAGACUUAAUUUACAAAGCUGAUAUGCAGUACCGCGUCACCCUAGAUUCACUCAGACAGAUAUCACGGAGUUUUUUCUCUGGAACUCAAGAGAGAAGGAUUCAAAGAAACAUUACAGUUCAAGAAUCCGAAUGCAUUAGGCACUCCUUCUACAUGUUGGACAAGCAUGACUUUCAGGACUCCGUGAGGAUAACUUUAGAUUUUAAUCUUACUGAUUCAGAAAAUGGACCUGUUCUUGAUGAUGCUCUACCAAACUCAGUCCAUGAACAUAUUCCAUUUGCCAAAGAUUGUGGAAAUAAGGAGAAAUGUAUCUCAGACCUUACCCUGGAUGUGUCCACCACAGAAAAGAACCUGCUGAUUGUCAGGUCUCAGAAUGACAAACUCAAUGUCAGCCUCAUAGUCAAAAACAAAAAGGACAGUGCCUACAACACCAGGACGAUAGUACAAUAUUCUCCAAAUCUAAUUUUUUCAGGAAUUGAGGGGAUCCAAAAAGAUAGUUGCGAGUCCAAUCGAAAUAUCACAUGUAAAGUUGGAUAUCCUUUCCUGAGAACAGGAGAAAUGGUAACUUUCAAAAUAUUAUUCCAGUUUAAUACAUCAUGUCUCAUGGAUAAUGCAAUCAUUCACUUAAGUGUAACAAGUGACAGUGAAGAGCCGCCUGAAUCUCUUUUUGAUAAUGAAGUAAAUAUUUCUAUCCCAAUAAAAUAUGAAGUUGGACUACAGUUUUACAGUUCUGCAAGUGAGCACCACAUUUCAAUUGCAACCAAUGAGACUGUACCUGAAGUUAUUAAUUCCACUGAGGACAUCGGAAAUGAAAUUAAUGUCUUCUACAUGAUUAGAAAAAGGGGACAUUUCCCAAUGCCAGAACUUCAGCUGUCAAUUUCAUUCCCCAAUUUGACAUCAGAUGGUUAUCCUGUGCUGUACCCAAUUGGAUGGUCAUCUUCUGAUAAUGCAAAUUGCAGACCCCAGAGUCUUGAAGAUCCUUUUGGUAUCAACUCUGGGAAGAAAAUUACAAUAUCAAAAUCUGAAGACCUCAAACGAGGCACAAUUCAGGAUUGCAGUACCUGUAAAUUUGCUACCAUCACAUGUAAUCUCAUUCCUUCUGACGUGAGCCAAGUUAAUGUCUCACUCAUCUUGUGGAAACCAACUUUUAUAAAAGCACAUUUUUCCAGUUUGAAUCUUACUAUAAGGGGAGAACUUCAGAGUGAAAACUCAUCUUUGAUUUUAAGCAGCAGCAACCAAAAGCGAGAGCUGGCUAUUCAAAUAUCCAAAGAUGGGAUCCCAGGCAGAGUGCCCUUGUGGGUAAUCCUCCUGAGUGCCUUUGCUGGACUACUGCUGUUAAUGCUGCUCAUCCUAGCACUGUGGAAGAUUGGAUUUUUCAAAAGGCCGCUAAAGAAGAAAAUGGAGAAAUGAAAUGCCUGACAAGAGAAACAGUAGCAAUCACUCAAUGAUCUAUCCUCAGGUUUGCCUCAGACAUGUGACAAGAAAUUCAUAAACAAUAUCAAGGACAUAGUCAUGUGACUCUAUAAAACCCAUCAUCCUUCUGGGGUUAAUUACUUGGAAAAUGACAGAUCAAACCUGCUUCAAAAACAGUACCCAAACAUAUAUUUUAGAAAGUGAUGAAAACUAUUUUUAAUAAUUACUCAUUUUUGUUGAGUAAGUAAAAUUGCAAAGUGUUUUAAAGAAGAAUCAUCAAUACAAAUGUUUGUAUGUUAAAAAUGUUACACAAAGUAUUUAAGAAAUUCACAAAAAAGAGUUUUAUGUUCAUUGAAGUAGUUACUUUCAACACAAUCUAAAUUAUGCAUUUUUCCCUUGAUUACACUUUGAAAAUGACACAGCAUUUGUAAAUGCCAACAAAGAAAGGGAGUGAAAAGGAUCUCCCAAUUCAAAAGAAAAAAAAAAAAGAAUGCCCUUGUAGAGUCCAUAUACAAUAUGGACUAAAAAUACAAUAAAUCACAGAGAACACAUUCAUUAACUCUGUCUUGGGUUCUGUAGGUGCAAAUAAUGUCAUUAGAAAAUAGUGCAAUUGAGCUUAAAUUCUAUAUAGGAUAGACAGUCAAAAUAGAGUCAUUAUUUAAAAACAAGUGCACUGAACCUAUUAAUUUAAACUUUUACAAAAAGCAAAAGUGUUUAAUUUUUAUAUUGAGCUCUAAAACACAACUCUUUUAUAAAGAAAGAAUGAAAAGACACCUAACGCAGUUUUGUGUAGCAUUACAGAGUUCUGCCAUGAAAAGCCACAUUGUGUGCAGAUAUGCCCAAAUGGAUUCUGAACGGAACAUGGCGGCAAAGAUCCAUUGGCCCUGGGCAGCUGAAAUCAUCUUUGCUAGGCAGCUGUUCGGUUUCUAAGAUGUUACAUGAAGUUGGAGCUUUCUCAACUACUUUGUACAGGGUUCAUUCAAACCCCCAAGCUGUGAGAGUUUAUUUUUAAAUUUUUUGAAGUAUUUAAUUUCCCAAACACAUUUCUUAUUUUUAUGAAAAGGAAGUAUCCCCUUUCUGUAUUGUAUUUUACCAAGAACUCAACAACAUUAAGUAGAACCCCAGAAAUGUAGUUUAAAGAAUUUCUAGUUUAAAAAUUAAACCAACAGAAAGGCGUGACUCUUUUAUAUGAACUUCUUUGUUCCUGAAGUAAUCAUUUUAGGUCUCUGGACUCCGCUGUAACAUGAGCUGCCAGUUUGCUCCAUUUCUAAGAUGAAUAACAAUGAAUGAAUGUACAAUAUCUGUAUGUGUGAACUACUGCUGGAAACUUUGCAGAUACUCCUGCCAGAACCCCAUUGCUCCACUUGAUUUCCCAUUGCAAGACCUGAACCUGUCAAUACCCAGAAAGUGCUGGACUCUGCUUUCCUCAAAACACAGCAAGUCAACAGAGAAGUUAAGUGCUGUUGGUUUGAUUUUUAAAAACUUAUUUCUAAAGAAUUAUCUUAAGGCUCAGAUUUAGCCUACCUCUUGGCUCUCCAGCUCUACAACUAAGAUCCUGAAGGCCUAAGGCGUGAACCUAACAAUGCCAAGGUCAUCCCUGGCUGGAAGAAAGUGGAAAGAAAGCUGGAAGAAAGAAGACGUGUCCUUCAUUCUCAUGGUCGCUGUCAGCUUCAGAAGCCAUUCCUUCUGCCUGCUCCUUUUCCCCAACAGAACUCAGGUGUCUCUUACUCAGUUACCAUGGUGCCCACCUCUAGCACUCACCUGCUCAGCAGCUCUUGGAGAAUGAAAUUCGGCAGAUAGACUUAAAUUCAUCUUUGACAUCUGCGACUGUCAGAUGCUGAACUAUGCACAGUGAACUGAGUUUGUGUAUCUAAACUAUACAUGUUACUAAGCCAAGGAGGGAAGACAGAAACGAGGACAUUUUGAGCUCUUAAGAAAGGAAAGAGCUGUUUAGCUAGAUAAAAAGCUGCUUAGCUAGAUACGGAAUUGCCAAAGCCAUUUGCCUACCACAGUUUCUAACAUGAGUUAUUCUUGGUUAUCAGUAAAAUAUUUAAGGAACCAGAUAGUCCCUUUCUCUGCUGUUAUAAUUUGCUGAGGUCUGUGUAAGUAUGUGUACGUGCAUUCACACACAUACAUGUACAUGUAUCAAUUAAAUGCAAAAUACUUCAGUACCACCAAAUGACAUGUAUACCCAAAAAAAAAGCACACAAACAUAUGUGAGCAACAAAAGCCUAAUUUCUUCACUUUUUAUACUGUGUUCUCUUUCAUUAAUAUUUAGGUUUAGUUAGUAUUUCAGCAACUAAAAAUUAUAAAUGCAAAGACUUUGAUUUUCAAAAUAUCAGAAGAUGUCCCAAAUUAGCUUUAUAGAAAUGUUCCUACAACAUGUAAAUGAUUGAGAAAUAUGCUAGGUGUGAUUUUAAAACAAUAAGAAAAAUGAGUGAUACUUCAUAUUCUUUAUGAGCUUAUGGACUAAACUGAAUUGCCACUUACUGCCUUUGUACCUUUGAUUGUUUUUGUCACUGUUGGUUCCGUUAUGAACCGAACUAUAAAUGCAAUCUUUUUCUUAAUUAAACUCACAGUAGAACAUUAAUAACUUAUUCAAAAACUUGUUCUCCAAAAAGAAAAAUAUUCAAAUUGCUGAUUACUGUGACUUAAAUGUUCUCUCCAUAGCCGUUUUCAGACAGUCUAACGUGACCUUAUUUGACUUGUAGAAUUCCUAGAAACGUAUGUCAGUUCUUAUGAACUAGUAUGACCUGGCUGCAGCACACCCCUGCAAUGGACUGCAUACUACAUAAGCAGGAAGGUUGGUAGGCUAGAAUACAGAUCAAUGUGUUGAGUCUGCAUACCUAAAAAUACAGUACUUCAAAUUGCACUGAAAAUACCCAUCGUGCCAAUCCCAGAAGAUACGAUGUGCAAGAAUGCUCAGUCUUUAGUUUCAAUAUUUAAAACUAUAACCAUCCUUUAAUAUGAAUGAAGCGAUAGGGACUUGCAGAAGAAGGAAGGACUUGAAAGAAGCAGUCACAAAAUGUGCCGCACAGUGAAAACCAGACCUAUUCAGCAGGCACAAAGAGGCCAUUUCACUUUCUCCAGGAACUCAGAGGCCUGAGUGCAACAUUGUGGAAGGUCUUCUUUUACAGAUAUUUUUAACUUCUGCUAUCCAUUUUAAACUUAAAUAAUGCAAUUUGCUAAACUUUUCCUCUGAGCACUAGGCUCGUGGGCAAUUUAGACCCUAAAUAUUUUCUGUAUCAUAAGUAUACUUGAAAAGAGGCUUGUGGGAAGAGAUAUUUUUACACAAUUUGAUGCUUAGGCAGCCAGAAUUUUACCUAUAAAUGUAUAUAUGAGUAAUAUGCAUAUAUUUAUAUAGACAAGUAUCUACUUUUUCUUUUUAAAAAAUACCCAAGAUCUCAGCUCAAUUGGAAAGCAGACAUAUUUGCACUGAAACAAAACGGUUGGUGAUAAGCAGCACUGCACUGCAGCACAGGCUGUGGGAAGUCUAGUCUAUGUUCUUAGUAGGACCAGAGCUAACGUGCUGUGAGUGGCAACCACGGCUUCCAAGGAGUGUGCUUUCCAUGACAUCAUCUUUGUCGAACAUACCAUCAGUUCUAUGCGAACUGUGUAUCCUGCUCUGCACAAUGCUGAGCAAACCAAAGACCCAGGCCCAGAGCCUGUCUUGUGUACCAGGUGCAUACUGUUGUCUAAUAAAGUGGCUUCUGGCAAAUAAUUUGUUCAAA